AGGGGCAGCCAGUGCCUUGUGGCGCCGGCACAAGACCGGCCGGGACCCCUCGAAGCCGUCGCAGCAGACCCAGCGCCCCAGGACCCUCCGCUGGACGCCGCACGCCCCUGCUCCGCUGCCCCGGGCCCCUGACCCCUGUGCGGCCCCCAGUCCUCCCGCCCGGCCCUCCGACCCAGCACCCGGUGCCCCACCCUAGCCUCUCCGGUCUCCUCCCCCCGACGCCCCGGGCGGCUCGGGUCGGGCCCCCUGGAGCCCCACGUUGCCCGGGCAGGAGCGCGCGAUGCUCCGGCUCCCGGUGCUGCUGCUCCUGGUGCUGCUCCAGCCGCCGCCGCUGCCCGCGCUCGCCCCGGAGCCCGCGGCGCAGGACGUGAGCCUGGGCUUGGACUGGCUGACCCGCUAUGGCUACCUGCCACCGCCCGACCCAGCCCAGGCCCAGCUGCGGAGCCCUGAAAAGCUCCGGGAUGCCAUCAAGGUGAUGCAGAGGUUUGCUGGGCUGCCUGAGACCGGCCUCCUGGACCCAGUGACGAUGGCCACCAUGCACAAGCCCCGCUGCUCUCUGCCCGACGUGCUGGGGGUGGCAGAGCUGGUCAGGCGGCGGCGCCGUCGUCGCUAUGCCCUGAGCGGCAGUAUUUGGAAGAAGCGAACCCUGACGUGGAGGAUACACUCCUUCCCCCGGAGCUCUGCCCUGAGCCAGGAGACUGUGCGGACGCUCAUGCACCAUGCCUUGGCUGCCUGGGGUAUUGAGUCAGGCCUCAAAUUCCGGGAGGUGGGUUCUCAGGGCCCACCAGAGGCUGACAUCCUCAUCGACUUUGUCCGGGCCUACCACCAGGACAGUUACCCUUUCGACGGGCAGGGGGGGACCCUCGCCCACGCCUUCUUCCCCGGGGAACAUCCCAUCUCUGGGGACACUCACUUCGACGAUGAGGAAAUCUGGACUUUUGGGUCAAAAGAUGGCGAGGGGACAGACCUGUUCGCGGUGGCAGUUCAUGAGUUUGGCCACGCACUGGGCCUGGGCCACUCCUCUGCGCCUGACUCCAUCAUGAGGCCCUUUUACCAGGGUCCUGUCGGGGAGCCCACCAAGUACCGCCUGUCCCAGGAUGACCGUGAAGGCCUGCAGCAGCUCUACGGGAAAGGACCCCAGACCCCAUAUGAUAAGCCCACAAUGAAACCCCUGGCUCCUCCUCCCCCGCCCCCUGCCCUGCCCCCAGGCAGCCCCUCCCUUCCUGUCCCUGAUCGAUGUGAUGGCAAUUUUGAUGCUAUCGCCAACAUCCGUGGGGAAACCUUCUUCUUUAAAGGCCCCUGGUUCUGGCGCCUCCAGCCCUCAGGACAGCUGGUGUCCCCCCAGCCUGCCAGGCUCCACCGCUUCUGGGAGGGGCUGCCCCCCCAGGUGACUGUCAUCCAGGCUGCCUACACCCCGCACCGAGACGGCCGAAUCCUACUCUUCAGUGGCCCGCAGUUCUGGGUGUUCCGGGACCGGCAGCUAGAGGGCGACGCGCGGCCGCUGGCCGAGCUGGGGCUGCCCCGCGGGGAGCAGGUGGACGCCGCGUUCUCUUGGCCGCUGAACGGGAAGACCUACCUGGUCCGGGGCCACCGCUACUGGCGGUACGACGAGGCGGCAGCGCGCCCGGACCCUGGCUACCCGCGCGACCUGAGUCUCUGGGAGGGGGCGCCUCCCAGCCCCGACGAUGUCGCCGUCAGCAACGACGGUGCCACCUACUUCUUCAAGGGCGCCCACUACUGGCGCUUUCCCAAGGGCAGCGUCAAGGCCGAUCCGGACUCCCCGCAGCCCAUGGGCCCCCAGUGGCUGGACUGCCCGGCCCCCAGCGCUGGCCCUCGCUACCCCAGACCCCCCAAAGCGACUCUCAAGCCCGAACCCUGCAAUUGUCAUUGCGAGAUCAACCAGGCCGCUGGGCGCUUGUCCUCGUCUUCGUCGUCGGUGACCCUCCUGCUGCUCCUUCUGCCCCUGCUGGUGGGGGACAUCACCUCCCGCUGAGGGGGGACAGGCCGCUCCACGGCGGGGCCGGUUCUCCCACCACCGGCCUGUACAGUGUAGGGGGUGGUGAUGGCCUGUGGGGGGUGGUGAUCGCUGCCCCCCCCCCCCAUCCUCUGUUCCCUGGGCGGGCCCUGCAAGGUGGGUGGAGCUAAGCCCUGGGGGUAGGGGAUGAGGGAGUGGGACACGAAGGCUGGCCCUGGACCGAACACAGGAAGUGCUCAGCCCCCCCUCCUCCAAACCCGCCUCCCCCUGCUUUGGCCCACCCAGGAUGUGCAUUUCCCGGAAUGGCUGGCUUUUCUCAGAACACAGCCUGCUGACUCCUUGCAGCACAAGCCCUGCCUGGCAACAGCGGCUCAUGUGCAUGGGUCUUUAGAGGACAGGCCUGAUCAGGAGACUGAGCCCCAGCACCCCCACCUCUGCCCCCCACUUUUCCAGAAGUGUCUCACCCUGUUCUGCUUCCACCCGGUCCCAGUGAACACCACAUGGGUGGGGAACUGGGACCCAGUCCUGAGACCACCCCUGGGCACCAGUGCUGCCCGUUCUGGGUGGCACCAAUGACCACAAAGGGGACCUUCCACAGUCUGGCCCAUGGACCUCCUUGCUGGUCACCACCCUGAAUCAGAACUGUCCCAUUCAAUAGGACACCCUCCCCAUCUUUAAAAACCUCUUUUUGCCU